UAUUGAUGAAACAAAGUGAACAGGUAAUUCUUGCAUCUUAAUAACCUGGAUUAAUAGAUACAUCAACAAAAAGAUUAAUUUCUAAAUCCUCAACUUAAUUUUAGACAUCUGGUAUGUAAUAAUAACCUGUUGUUACUCGUCGUAUACAUAGAAAAUUAGUACCAAUGGAUGGUGGUAAUUUAUAAAUGAUAAUAUUUAGAGGCUGAGGAAACUGUAGUUUAACCUAUUUAACCUCCUCCUUAACCAAUAGUUCAUCCUGUAUAACAAAUGAUUUGGCCAGUUGCAGUUUAAUUUAAUGAAGAUGAUGCAUUAGCAAAAAUUAGAGAAGAAAAAAUGUUAGCUCUUCUUGAAAGAUAAUCUGAAAUGCUUACGAAUUUACUUCAAAAGUAUAAAAGAUUAGAGGAAGAAUAAACAAACAAAAUAUAAAGAAGAAUAAAAGAACUAGAAAGAGAAAAUGAAGAAAUAUGGUAAAGAAGAAGAUAAAAUUAUUUAAUUUAUAAUGUUUCUUAAUCAGUUGAUUAAAAAUUAAAGGAGUUUAAUGAGUUUUAAAUGCGUCCUUUUCUAGAUUAAGGUUAACCUGUACUUUUAAAACCAAUCCAUUAAGAUGAUAGACUAUUUUUUGAUAAAAAAAAGAAAAAACCAAAACCUAAAAAGAUUGUUGAAGUUGAUGAUGGACUUGUUUAAGAUCCAGAUACAGGAGAACUUUGGGAUCCAAAAACUGGAGAAGUUGUACAAUAACCCCCUCCUUUAUAAUCGCCAUAUUGA